AUGGCCUCUGUUUCUUCAAGAGGCCCUACGCCUCAUUCGCCUUACGAUGUGCAGUCCGCGGCCGACACCGAAGAAUCGUGGCAGUAUCUCGACUACGCCUCCUAUCCGGCCUCAGUCGGCUUCCUGCCCAGCCCGGCCAGCGGCAGCCUCAACGGCUUCGCAGUCGUCGACCACCACGCCAGCUCGGACCCGGCGGGCCUAUCCCCGCUAAAUCUCGACCUCGAUCAGCCCGCCUUCGCCGCCUCUAGUUUCCCGGACCAAGCGGAGGCCCUUGCCGCCCCGGCGCCGUCUGUUGAUAGCCAAUUCGUUUCUGGCGCUCAGGAACCAAAUUUCCUGACGCCGCAGGGCUUCCUCUUUGCAGAGGAGCAGUUGGAUCUAAGCGAACUGACAACUUUCGUCAACUCAUUCCACUCGAACAACGCCCCUCUGACCGGCCUAGACACAUUCCCCCAACGGCAGUACGAUGGCGAUAUCGACUUGUCUCAGACUCUAUCACCCAGCAGCAACCCGGGCCCAUGGAACCCCACGACCCUCAAAGUCGAUAAUGGCAGCUCAAUAUUCUUGAUGGAGGAUUUCUCUGCUUCCUCUUCUCAGAGCUCCACGUCCACGAGCCCCUCUCAGUCUAAUUCCAACUCCCCAGAUCUCAAGCACGAGGGCGACAAGGCGGCUUCGGCCAGCCAGAUACGCAAGGUCAUCACCGGCAAGGUCGAAAAAAAGAAGGCUACUGAACCUGCGAACAAAUUCGUCAUCGUCACUCCAAACUCCAUCAACGCCCACUCAGGCCGGCCCAACCCUUGGGAGUGCUUCGAAGCCAUGAAGACGCAAACGCGUGGUCGCAAAGGUCCCCUGGCAAACGCAACAAAGGAGAGCGCUCUUCAGGUCCGCCGCUUGGGUGCUUGCUUUUGCUGCCACAGCCGCAAAGUCAAGUGUGAUUCGCAGAGGCCAUGCAAGAGCUGCAAAAAGCUCGCCGGCCAGGUGCCGCAGGUCGUUUGCUGGCAGUUUUCCGACUUUUUGACAGUGUUAUUCCCCGAUUUUAUGCGCAGCCACUUCCGCAAGGACCAGAUGUCAAAGUUCAUGGCGGAGAAUGUCGACGUCGACGCGGUGCAAUUGGCUCCUUGCGAGGUUGAGCUCUUCUCUGGCCUCUCAGCGUCGCUCAAGGUUCGGGCGAGGUUCUUCAAGCCCCGAACGGCGGACGUGCAGCAGCACUACCACUUGCACGUGCAAAGAGACCGGGUAGACCUGCAAGCCAGAGGCUCGGCGCCAAUGGUAUUGGAGCUGGACUCGGCGUCUCAGAGGGAGGCCUUGAGGAAGAAGGUGAAGGAGUAUCUCGCCGCCAUUGCAGCCGAGCCCAGGUUCGCAAUGUCAGUGACGGAGUCAAUACAGCACACGAAGGUGCCAGAGAAAGUGUUGGAUAUUGUGCAGACGUACGCCAACAAGUCUGAUUCCUCGAUGGUCAAGAAGGCAUUGGCGAUAUACGGCGCCCAUUUCGUCAUGACUCGCCACCUCUGCAUCACACGGCAGAGCGUCGUGAGCCUUCAGGACUCUGGUCUUGUCCCCCAAGAAGUACCCUGGGUGACACCGCGCGUGGUCAACAGGCAGAUCAAGGCGGUAAUCGACGAACUCCUGAUGAGGGACAUGCAGCACCUCUUCGAGUCCUUCUCCAAGUCGCUCAAGCCCAAGUCGAAACGGGAAUGGGCGCCUUGCAUGGCCUCAUUCCUGGUACUGUGCCUUUUCAUGGAAUCGGUCGAGACGUCCGCGGAUAACUUUGUAGUGGCCCUCAACGAGAUCAGCCUGCGCAACCACACGCCUCCGGAAUACAAACGCCAGGACGCUCUGAACAUCAAUAAGGAGGUCGAGAACAUGCCGUUCAAGCAGUUCGCGUACCAAUUUCACCAGAUCUACCAGACCCACAGCCGGGACACGGCGACCAAGCCGUUCAAUCCCAUGCUCAACAACUCGUGGGCCGAGCAAGGCGACCUGGACAGGCCGGCCACGGAGAUGGUCUUGCAAUUAAACAAUCUGAUCCAAGAGAAUGGCGGUGAACUCGAACUCUUGGCGAUGGACCCAAUUCUCCCGACCUGCGGCGAGCAGCACCCGUUCCCACGCGACGUAUCUGCAAACUAUACCGGCCGGCUAGCAGCCAAGUUCUUGUUGUCUUUCAGUGACGAGAAGCAUAUUUUUGGCGAGAAUUGGUUUUGA